GGAGGAUGAAUUGCACUGCUUUCUGAACUGUCCCUUUGCCCUAAAAGUGUGGGAAAUUGCUCCAUUGAGCCUGCAACUGAGGGCGGGUUCCUUCUAGUCCUUUAAAGCUAUGCUCAGCUCUUUUUUGCAGGUGAAGGCUCUGCCUCCCACAGGGGUCUCCUUGACUCCCCUGUCUCCUUGGAUCUUAUGGAACCUGUGGAAGGCUAGGAACCUCUGUAUCUUCGAGGACAGGCUUUUGUCACACCAUGACAUCAUCCACAAAGCUAUUAAAGAAGCCGGUGACUGGCAAGCGGCUCAGUUAUCCAUUCCAAGCCUACCACAGAAUCUUCCCUCCCCAGCAACUAAGGUAGUUCCAGUGGAUGCUUUUAAAUGUUUUGUUGAUGCUGCCUGGUGUGGAACUUCGAAACUCUGUGGCCAGGGAUGGAUAAUAUUUGACCCUAGGGGAGAUGCUCCUAUCCGCUCUUCUUCCUUUCGACCAUGGGUGCACUCUGCCCUCACUGCGGAAGCCCUGGCGAUGAGAAGUGCCCUGUCAAGCCUCUGCAGGAACUCUGCUCUCUCCCAUAUCCGCAAACUGGAGAUCUUCUCGGAUUCACAAAUCCUCAUCUCCACUAUCAACGCUAAAGCUCACUCUAAGGAGCUAAAAGCAAUCCUCCAUGAUAUCACAUGUUUUAGUGAAUCAUUUAUUUCAAUCAACUUCAAUUUUGUGCCACGAUUGGGCAAUCUUGUAGCUGAUUCUCUUGCAAAGUCUGCACUUGUGGCAGCAUAAACUUCCUCUCUUUGUAGAGUGUAACUCUGUUUCGGUUUAAUCUAAGUUUGUUCAAAAAAAAAAAAAAAUAUGUUCUAUGUU